AUGAACGCAGCAGAACUUGAAUUUGAAAAACCGCUCAUUGAAUUGGAACGCCACCUCGCGCAACUGAAAAUCUUCGCGGAAACACAUCCGGAAUUGGACCUUACAGAAGGGAUUGAUGCGCUAAAACAAAAUGCAGAUUCGCUCACAAAACAGACGUUCCAAAAACUAAGCCGCUGGGAUAAAGUGAAAUUAGCGCGCCAUGCACAACGUCCGCAAGCUCCCUUCUAUAUCAACGCGCUCCUUGAUGAACCCACCGAACUUCACAGCGAUAAGUUAUACGGCGACGACCGCGCACUCAUUGGCGGUUUGGCAUGGUUUGAUGAACAACCCGUCGUCUAUCUCGCACAGCAGAAAGGGACAAACCUUGAAGAGCGACAGGAGAUGAAUUUCGGGUACACACACCCAGAGGGCUAUCGCAAGGCAAGACGAUUAAUGCAGUUGGCUAAUAAGUUCAACCGUCCCUUACUCUGUUUUGUCGAUACACCAGGCGCGCACUUCGAUCUUCGUUCCGAAGAAUACGGACAAGCAAUGGUGAUCGCCGAGAAUCUUGCUGAGAUGAUAUCACUGCGUGUGCCAAUUCUCGUCGUUAUUAUUGGUGAAGGUGGGAGCGGUGGUGCGUUGGCAAUUGCAGUCGGAAACCGCGUAUUGAUGAUGGAGUACGCCAUCUAUUGUGUCGCACCACCUGAAGCCUGUAGCGGUAUUGUGUGGAAGGACAAAGGCGAACAUGCACCAGAGGCAACCGAAGGCUAUAAACCGACCGCCCCGGAUCUGAUCAAGUUAGAUAUCAUCGACCAGAUGAUCCGUGAACCCCUGGGCGGCGGCGCACACAGAGCUCCUGAAGCCGCUGCACGCAAUGUCAGACGCGCAAUACGUAAACACCUCACCGAAUUGAUGCAGAUGACGCCUCAACAACUCGUCCAACAAAGGUAUGAACGUUAUCGACACAUCGGGCUUUAUGGAGAAGAUUCUGCUUGA